CAUAUAAAAGCUGACCAUUGUUGUCGGUCCAUAUUUACACAUUGGUGAUAUGGAUCUUACACGUUUUCCUUUCACUUUUUUUCCGAAUAACCCUUCCGUAUUUACGUCAAAACUUCACUUUGCACGGAUGUUGUUUUCAGAAUUGCACUGUGCCCAUGAUCAAAUGACAGCAAGGAGACGACGGGGUGGAUCAGAGUCAGAACAGGCACCCCUUAUUGUUACAAGUGGGGGCCCCUAUUCUGUGCAGGACUCUUGGUCCCAACAAAACAAUGCAAAUCACCAUGCAAGCAAUGGAGCAGAUGGCAAAGGCUACAGAGGAAAUAUAAAGGAUAUAACACCGAAACAGAAGGAAAAUACACGAACAAUGACGUCACGGGACAGAACCGCUGAAUUUGUAAAUGCAACCCGUUCCUUACAAGGACGUCAUGUAGCAAGAACGGUGGCUGUAAGGGAUCCUAGGAAAGCUAGAUAUAUCCAGAGUUAUGCAGAAUUUAUGUUGAUUGCAAGGACUAUAGGGAAAAAUAUCAGCAGUACAUAUACAAAACUGGAAAAGCUCACCUUAUUGGCAAAGCGGAAAUCGCUUUUCAAUGACCGGCCGACAGAAAUACAGGAACUGACAUACAUAAUAAAGGAGGAUUUGAACAGCCUAAACCAGCAGAUCGCGAAACUUCAAGAAGUGUCACGAAGUCAGAAACAGUCGCAGCAGAAUGGUCGUCACCUUCAGUCACAUUCGUCAAGUGUCGUUCUGGCUUUACAGUCCAAACUUGCAUCCAUGUCUACAGAAUUCAAACAGAUUCUUGAAGUUAGGACAGAGAACCUGAAGCAGCAGAAGAAUCGCCGGGAUCAGUUCUCGCAUGGCCCCAUCUCUUCAUCGCUUCCUCCAUCAGCUAUAUCAGGCCACCACCAGGGCUCUGUCCUGCUCGCUGAAGAUGUGAGUGUGAACAUGGAGGAACACAGUCCACUGCUUCCAACUGUUCAAAAUCAAGCACUGAUCUACGAUGAAACGGACAACUAUCUUCAGAGCCGUGCUGAGACGAUGCAGAAUAUCGAAUCGACAAUAGUCGAAUUGGGUGGAAUAUUUCAGCAACUUGCUCACAUGGUGACUGAGCAAGAGGAAAUGGUAGAAAGGAUUGAUACAAAUGUUCAAGAUGCAGAGCUGAAUGUUGAAGCGGCUCAUAGCGAGAUCAUCAGAUAUUUCCAAAACAUUACAUCUAACCGUUGGCUCAUGAUCAAGAUAUUUGCUGUGCUUAUUUUUUUCUUUCUUUUCUUUGUUUUAUUCAUGGCAUAGUCAGCCCCCUCUCUCGUUGACUUGGAUACCAAGCGGUGGUUGCCAUUUAUUGAACUCGCAACUGGUGUCUGGGCGCUGAUAAGUUUCUACUUGAGCAACGUCUUCAGUGUUGACUCAUACUCGAAUCACCAGCCAUUCAUAAAUAUUUCAAUUACCCAGUGAAUCAAAGAUAUGAAAGACAUAUAUAAACAAACAAAUAAAUUUUCAUCUUCAGGGUAAACUGAUGAGUGUUAGUUUCGCACAGGUUGUAUGAAACGUAUUUUAAUCAAUCGCAGACUGUCUUGGAAAAUAUAAAAGAUAUAAAGGCAAUACGACGAAUAUCAACAUAUAUCUUUUGAAGAGUUGUGUAUGGUGCAAAUAUUUGUAUGCAGCUUGUCAGACUUGUAUAAUCAGCAUACAUUUAUUAAAAGUUAAUACAUAAGCA